AGUAGCCUUCGAAGCUAGAGAAAGAUAAGAAAAAGCUGAGUUUAUGAUGUGUUCAGUGGUUCAAAGCAAUUGCACAAUUUUCUCCGGUUUCUAGUUGCAGUGAUAAUGUAAGCUGAGAUGAGAGAACAACACGUACAUCUUUUGUGCCUUUUCGUUUCCUUUGCGUCAAUUACUAAAUCAAGAUUCUUGCACGAAGGGGACGAAUGCAAGUUAGAGCAUAAGGGAAAUUAUUCGAAAUUUCCGGAAGACUUUUCCUUUGGCGUAUCAACGGCAGCUUACCAGGUCGAAGGUGCAUGGAAUGAAGAUGGUAAGGGGCCCUCCAUUUGGGACACGUAUACCCACUUACAUCCGGAACGUAUCGCUGAUCAUUCAAACGGUGAUGAAGCUGCGGAGUCUUAUCAUCGUUUCGCUCAAGAUUUGGCCGCAUUAAAAGAACUCAAGGUUAACUUUUAUCGGUUUUCAAUUUCGUGGCCCAGAGUACUUCCUCGUGCAGAUACACGAGUGCAAAAUCAAAAGGCCAUUGAUUACUAUAAUAUGAUGAUCGAUAAGUUACUAGAAAACAAUAUUGAGCCCAUGGUAACAAUGUUUCACUAUGAUAUGCCAGAAGAGCUGACAAAAUUCGGCGGCUUCACCAAUGACAUCGUUAUUAAGUACUUCCGCUAUUAUGCAGAUUUUCUGUUCAAAACCUUUGGUGAUCGUGUAAAAAAAUGGAUCACAUUCAAUGAACCAUUCGAUUAUUGUGUACCUGGCUACGGCAAUGCUGACUUCCCACCUAUGAUACACGCUCCUGGCGUUGCCGACUAUCUAUGUAUGGAUAACACUUUAAAGGCGCAUGCCUCCGCCUAUCGCCUUUAUAAAGCCAAGUAUUCAAAUUAUCAAAAAGGUAAAGUGGGCAUCACUAUCAGCAACCGUUUCUAUUACACUAACACCACAGAUUUUGGCUCAGAAGAUAUUGUGGAUCGUGCAUUGCAAUUCUCGCUUGGUUGGUUGGCGCACUCCAUAUUUGGAGAGUCAGGUAAUUAUCCUUAUACCGUUAUCGAAGACAUUACAAGCAACAGCAUGAAAGAAGGACUUGCAUGGUCUCGUUUACGACCUCUCAACUUAUACUGGUCAAAAAUUGUAAAAGGUUCAGGAGACUUUCUAGGACUUAAUUAUUACAGCUCUCGUUUUGUCCAUAUGGCCGAACCUCCAGGGGGUGAAAUUCCCUCUUGGGAACAUGAUUCACGCCUCAAAUAUUCGGUGAACAAGAGAUGGAAGCGUGCUAAAUCUGACUGGCUCUAUUGUGUUCCCCAGGGAUUAGAAGAUAUCUUGAAGUGGAUCCAUGAUAACUACAAUAAUAUUGAAGUAUACAUUACGGAAAACGGUUGGUCCGAUGAAGGCGAAUUAGACGACACAGAUCGCAUUGAUUACCUCAAGUCUCAUUUGCAAGCAGUUCUGAAUGCCAUAAACGACGGGUGUCAAGUAACACACUACACCCACUGGAGUUUAAUCGAUAACUUUGAGUGGAAUAGAGGCUAUACCGAAAAGUUUGGUCUCUAUUACCUGAACGUGACAAGCGAAAACAAAGAGCGUGUUGCUAAAAAUUCAGCCUCUUAUUACAGGAGUGUCAUUGAAAGUCGAAAACUACCAUGAAGUGACAAUUUCGUGUGAAAAGCUGAUGUAAGUUGAGCAAUAAACUUACAAAGGUACUUACAAAUAAGUAUACACACAUAUCAAUGUUGUCAAAAUGGCUUUUUUGAUUUGAUUAUAAAUAUGUAUGUAUAUUCGUGCAUUAAAUAAAUAAAUUGCUUAAAGUUGAAAUUAA